AUGCUUGAACAUUUAAUCUACGUUAACAGUUGGUAUCCAAAAUACGAAGUUGACCUUGCUGAACAAACGCACUAUACAGUUUUUAACCAAAAGGCACAAGGUACGACAACAGCUUCAUGUGUACGCGAAGUGAAACAUGAAAAAGUUGAAGCACCUAAACCAACAGAACAGAAACUAGCAGCUGAACCAAAACCAGCUGCCGCUAAUGAUGAUGAUAUCGAUCUAUUCGGUUCUGACGAUGAAGAACAAAGCGAAGAAGUCAAAAAACGUCUAGCUGAAUAUGCAGCCAAGAAAUCGAAGAAAGAACAGAUCAUUGCUAAGAGUACAAUUGUACUUGAUAUUAAACCUUGGGAUGAUGAAACUGACCUUGAAGCUAUGGAAAAAUCUGUAAGAUCAAUCGAAGCUGAUGGUCUUGUUUGGGGACAAUCGAAAUUUCUCCCAGUUGCUUUCGGUGUUAAAAAACUCCAAAUCGGUUGCGUUGUCGAAGACGAUAAAAUUGGAACUGAUUUUCUUGAAGAAAAAAUUUGCGAAUUUGAAGAUUAUGUUCAAUCCGUCGAUAUCGUUUCCUUUAACAAAAUCUAA